AUGGCUCAGCAGUUCCGAGAAUUCGUCCAAGUCAAAGAACAAGAGAAGAAGAAUGGACAAGUGAAGCCUCAGUUGAAAGACACAGAGCUGAAAGCAGGCAAGCAAAGUCAGGAGCAGGCUCUCAAGGAGGCGGAUGAUCUAUUAGACGCGUUUGCACCCCCGAAGAGUAAGAAAGCUGCAGAUCCUGACGACAGCCAGGCAGCGCCUGCACAAGAUGCAGCGGAGGAGGAAGAGAUACCACUUGCGUCUGUGUUCAGUCCUGAUGCAGGCACGCAAGAGGACAGGGACUCCGUCUCCUGCAUCGUUGCAGGAAAGUUGUACCUGACCAACUUUCGCGGGGUUGAACGGACGGAUGAGUUGAAGAAGCUGAAUAUUAGGCACAUAGUGUGUGUGAACGAGCAGAACAACGAGUUCCCUGAUCAGUUCAACUACUUCAACAUCGACACGCUUGAAGACCAAGAAGACCACGACGCCACCGUUCACUUCUCAGCGGUUAAGAAAUUCACCGACGAAUCGCUGGCGAAAGGAGGAGCUGUAUGCUUUCACUGUGCCGCUGGAAUAUCUCGAAGUACAACGAUGAUGAUUGCCUACUUGAUGGCGAGCAAUGGAAUGAGCUUAUUCGAUGCCUUCCGUCUUACCUACUCGAGGCGUCGGGUGGCCUGGCCGAACCGAAGCUUCAUGCAGCAGCUGAUUCAGUACGAGACUAAGCUGCAGAAGGAGGGAGUCCUUCACGGCAAACAUCCUUCCAUCGAGCUUGAAGACUGGGACAUGUGGACGACUGGAGAUAUGCAGAGGCUCCGCGAGCAGCACUUGAUCUCACUGGAAUCGCGACACGACUCCUUGAAAGGGGCAGACAGCAGAGCCUACCGAGAGUAUUCAGAGAAGCUGCAAAAAGCCUUGCAAAGUCAGCUUGCUUGAACCUGGAUGAUGUCCCGCGAUGUUUUAUUCAAGUAAUCAACAUAAUGUACAUGUUAUCUUUAGAUGUAGGGUGUUAAAGCUUCGACUAUUCGUG